GCAUAUUUCUUUUCCAAGAAACAUAUAGAAGGCCACGUAUUGGAAAUUAGGACUCCUGGGUUUUCCAGAGCUCAGCAUGUUCUUGAAACAAAGGUAUUCGAACUCCGUUCUACUUUCUCCCUUGCCUGCCUGCAAGGGCAGCUCUCUGGUCUCAUCAUUUUGCUACUGUCUACCCUCAUCUUCUUUCCCAGUUAUGGAUGCAGGAGCACCACAGGGAGUGGGAGCAAAAGGACCUUUCACCCUGUCAUUGCACACCCACGUGUGUGCUGGACACUUCAUAGCUGACCAGUCCAUCCUGGCUGCAGACAUUUUCUCUUUCACACAAUGAAUGAGGCAGUGCAGUAAUUUUAUGCAAAUCCAUGUGCAGAUUAAAAAAUUAAUCAAAUUCUAAAAUUUUCAUUUAAAGAGAUUAGUCUCAAAAAUUCCCCUGCUAAUCCUCCCAGAAUAGUCAGUUGGAACAAACCUUCACUGCUUUGCUUUCCUCCUGGGUUCAGUGCAUCUCCUGGAAAAUUUUCUCAUAAUGCUUUUGGGACCAUCUGGAGCAGCAAGUUUGAGUUUGAGCAGGGCUCACCAGGCAAAUUGAAGUUGAUAUAUCAAAUGAUAGAAAAGAUGUGUCAGUAAGUGGGAACAGGGGAGUUUAAGGCAGUACAAUCUCCACUCUGUUGUACUUCGUGGGUAAACUCCCAUGGUGAGGCAUGAAAGAUGGAAGCUGUGAGCCUUGGUGAGCCUAGCAGUAAUUUACAUACUGAGAGGCCAGAAGAAAGUCAUGCAACAAGAAAAAUGAGUAGCAAGAGACACUGCUAAAACUUGCUGUGUCUGGUAGUUUACUGCUGUAACAAAGAUGUAAUCUGUCUUUAGAGCUUGAGCUCAAAAUUAUCCUGGAACACUUGGGAUCCAGUGACAUAGCAAGUACUUUCCAAGCCCCUGAGGGAUUUUGGAGUUGACCCUGUGCACAGUGGGCCAGCCACCAACCACUGCCACACGGGGGGAAAUCCAGAGAAGACCUGAUGACAUUAAGGAGAAGCUAAUUUAGGCCCCUGAAGAUCUCAGUUCAAUUAGACAUCCUGGAGCAUUAAAUGUACAGCAUCCUCUGAUCUUGCAGCACCUGAAACGCUUGGGAUGUGUGAUUGUGUUGGCCUGCAGCAAGCGCAAUUGCUCCAGCUUCAAGAAAACCACAAGCCCAUGAUGCAAACCCUUGAACAACCCUCUAACCACAGCACCUGGAAUGGCUCAGCUCUGCCCAGCGAUGGCCGGCUGGCUCCUAGAAGGGAAUAUUUUUCUGGCUUUCAGAUACAUGCCAUGGAGCAAGGUGCUGGUUCAUUUUUCUCACUGCAUGGGCAUGGCCAGCUCAUUUGUUCACCGUUUUCUUUCCCCAGUGUGACUCCAAGUUUAUGGCUCAGACUGCACCCCCCUGUGUCCAUGCUUUUGGUCUCAUGCCACCAUCCAAUUUACCUGGCAGCUUACCACAUUUCUGCCCCCAGUGCUGAUUGUUUCUGUCUCCUUCUGGCUUUGGCUCCUUGCCUGCAGAAUUGCUUUAAUUAAAAAGUUAAUGAAAGGUAAUGCAAACGAGCACUUUGCCUGUAUUUUAUCAGAGUCCAGCUCCUCUCCCUCCCUCUUUCCCAGAGAAAGUGAAAAUGAGGAGCUGGGGGUUUGCUGCUUUUUGUGGUGAGUUAACAGUGCAGGCUUAGGAGGAGCCCUAUGAAGAACGAUUUCUAAUGGUAAUGCAUGCAAGCAAGUAUGUAGAUGGAGAACAUUAUUCAUCAAUGAAAGCUGAAGAAGUUUCCAUUUAAAGGGGAUUAAUCUAAAUCCCUUAUAGUAUUCCUGCUCUCUUUGGAACAGGCAAUUCUCAGCAUCAUUUUUCUCCCAACUUUUCAAAAGACUAUCUAUACCCAAACUCCAAAUUAUUCUGAGCAGGGACAAAGGGAAGGUAUAAACCUGAGUGCCACUGGUGCCUAUAGUAUGCCACGUUCUAUCCAUAUAGAAGAGUACUCAUUCAUCCCUAUGUGAUUUCCCUGAGAAACCAGGGAACAAAUAUUAGUGCGUGAAGCAACAUGAGCCACAUCAUCAGCCCCUUCUCCCAGCCCAGAUUCUUCCCAUCCAGCAGUGGGAAGAGGAAAAUGCAGGGAGGUGAGGAUGUAAUUUCUUCAUGUGCAAUACAGAGCAGCUAACCAGCAAUAACAUAAAUUCUAGACUCACUAUCCUGGAGGUAGCUCAAGAGCUGCCACUUGGAUUAUCUUUCUUUCCAAGGCUGCCUGUGCUUUGGCGUGGGGUGAUGUUCAGUUCUCUUGAUUUUUGUUUUUAAAGCCCUAGAGAAAUGACUAGGAGUUUUAAUUUUUGUUAAUAUCUACAGUGGAUUUCAUAGCACUGAUUUAUAGCUGGUCCCUGGUGAUGUUCAGUACCCAGUGCCUGAGACUGUAUAAAUAAAUUACAUAAAAAUGGAUUUGUGGCAUCAUUAGCAGCACCCCCAUUCCAAGGGGAGCCUCCAGUGAGCCUGCGUGUCUAAUCAAAGCUGACAAGGAGCAGAGUUGCACACUGAGACCUCCAGAGCUAAUGGGCCUGUGCCAGAUUCAGCUCCCUGUUGUGUUGGUGUAAAGUCGGGUAACUUCUGACUGCAAGGGGGUUUUACACCAGGUUUACUCUAUGUUUACACCCGUGCACCAUGAUCAGCAUCAGGCAGCAUGCUGUAAAAUCCUUAAGAGCAAUAGAAAGACGCAUGCUGACUUCAACAGGCUCUGGAUCAGGCCUUGAUGGUUAAAAUAUAAUCUGAGUUCAGAGUGCAGAAAAGAAAUUACAUGCCUGCUAUUGUAGUGAAACGCUUUCCAGAGCAAGCAUUAGCAGUACGCACACGAGUGCCAGAUGAAUUAAGCUGGCAUUUCUUUUUCUCAGCUCCAGAGGGGAGGAUUGCUUUUAAACAACUCACGCCUGCUGUGUCGUGUCUGGAGUCGGAGCUGAGCGGAGCCACCGGCAGGGCACGUGUGACAGGAGCCGCAGUUGCAGGUUGGAGGGUGUCAGCGGCCCCAGCUCUUAAAGCCUCGCCAGCAUUGGCAGAACGUGUCGUGUCCAAGCCCACCUCACUGAGCAGAUUGACUCACCCUGGCCACCUGUGCACCAUGUCCCUCCGUGAGCAUGCACUGACCCUCUUCUGCAGUGCAGUGGGCACUGUCCGGCCGGCUCCGAUGCUGAAGAGGGCUCUGAAGCUCCAGCAAGAUGGGUGCCCUCAGCUGCUGGUAAAGGGCAGGGCCUUCCCAGUGAAGAGGAACCUGUACCUGGUAGGUUUUGGCAAAGCUGUGCUGGGGAUGGCUGCGGCAGCAGAAGAGAUCCUGGGAGAUCACCUCGUUCGGGGGAUCAUCAAUGUGCCACUGGGCAUCCAGGAGAGUCUGCAGCGAGCAGGAAUGCAGGAGAUGCUGCUGAAGCCACACAGCAAAAUCCAGGUCAUCGAAGGUGCCAAGAACAACCUCCCGGACGCCGAGGCUCUGAAGGGAGCACUUGCCAUCCAGGAACUGGCAGAGGGUCUGGCUGCAGAUGACCUGCUCCUUGUGCUCAUCUCAGGGGGUGGGUCAGCCCUACUGCCUGCUCCCAUCCCUCCCAUCCUCCUCAAAGAGAAGGAGAAACUCACAAAGAUGCUGGCUUCCCGAGGAGCUGCCAUACAAGAGCUGAACAUUGUCCGGAAGACUCUGUCCUUGCUGAAGGGUGGAGGACUUGCCCGGCUCUCAUAUCCUGCACAGGUGGUGAGCCUCAUCCUUUCUGAUGUGAUUGGUGACCCCCUGGACAUCAUAGCAAGCGGCCCCACUGCUGCCAGCUCCCACACUGUCCAAGACUGCCUUCAGAUACUCACCAAAUACAACGUGCUGCACAGUCUGCCCAGGUCAGUGGAAGCGGUCCUGUCCAGCUCUCCCACCAAGCCCGCUGCUCCAGAAGACUUCUCCCACGUUUGUAACUUCAUCAUCGGGUCAAACAGGCUGGCUCUAGACGAGGCCAAGCGCCAAGCUGAGGGCCUGGGCUACACCACGCUGGUUCUGAGCGCAGCAGUCUGUGGGGACGUUGGCCGCGUUGCCACGCUGUACUGCCAGCUCAUCCGGCUGCUCUGCCUGCGCUUUGCCGGCCUCGGAGAAGGGCCCCAGAGUGAUGAGGUGAGGAGGGAUCUCCUGCAGCUGGUGGCAGAGCUCCAGAUCCCAGGUCUGAACCUUGCUGAAUUUCUACAGGCCCUGCGAGGAUUAGGGUCUAAAACACCAGUGUGCAUCCUGGCCGGCGGAGAAACCACAGUCCAGCUCCAAGGAACCGGCAAGGGAGGGAGGAACCAGGAGCUGGUCCUGCGCGUGGGGCUGGGGCUGCACAAGGCACGGGCCGUGGAAGCCAGGAGCUCCCCAGGGAGCUGUGAGAUCUUCUUCCUCAGCGGUGGAACGGACGGGCAGGACGGGCCGACGGAGGCAGCCGGAGCUUUCUGCAGCCCAGAGCUGGUGACUGAGGCAUUGCAGGAGGGCCUUGAUGUGGAGGCUUUCCUUAGCAGCAACGACUCCUAUGCCUUCUUCAGCCAGUUCCAAGGUGGACAUCACCUCCUGGUGACAGGAUUGACAGGCACCAAUGUCAUGGACAUCCAGGCCAUUUUAAUUAGGGCCAUGGAAUGAUCCUGAGAGGUCCCUCUGCAGCUAUCCAGAUGCAUUUAAUUAGGACCCGGGGUAAAGGAAGGCAUCAACACUGCAGACAAAUGUAAACUACUUAAAUUAGGGCUUGCUUUUGAGGGUGCUACUGUCUUUGACAGAAAUAGUCCACUAAUUAGACACAGGAGUGGACAUCCACAGCAAAAGCAAGCACUUGUAAUUAGAAUCAGAGGGAGAUAAGAGGUCACAUUACAGACGUAGAGGCCGGAUUUAACACUACUGCUGAGAGCCACCACACUUGUGACUGCUUCAACUGUAGUUAAAUGAUGCGAGGAAAUGAAGGCCAUGGUAGGGCUGCCAGGGAGAGCCCUCACAGCGGCUGUUGCACCUCAAGAGCAGCUCAGCAGCGGGCUUAUGCAGUUUCACAGAAGUGCGUUACAGAGACCAAAAGAUGUAAAAGCAGUGGCAAAGCCUGCCCAGCUCAAGGCAAGGAGGUGCUGGGGAACAUGGUGGGAAGGGGACACCCAGCACCCACUCCAGUGCGCUGCAGCUUCUCCCACACCAGCAUACCUCAGCAGAGACCUCAAGCCCAGCAUGAUGCACACCAGCGUAGCUAAGGGGCACAUUGGCAGAGAAGUGCUUGGUGCCGGACCCAUGACACAAGCAGUGCCCAGGACAGUGACAGAGGGUGGUCUACCUUCACUGUGCAGCAUAAGGAUGGGGAUGGCUGAUUUGCAGCAGCAAGCCAGCUGAGUGGGGUCCUCCUCUUCCAGCCUCCUUCCCUCUGCAGGAACAUCAUCCCUGGUGGGAGUUUCCGUGCCAGCAGCGUGUGUGCUGUGAGCUUCCACGGUGUUGUUUUCCAACUGCCUAGAAAACAGUCAUGCACCCAGUCUGAGCCACUGACCUUUCUCCUGUGCCGAGGCAGAAGUCGCUGUCACUCUGAUUAACUCUGCUAAUUCCACAGAACAAAAGGCAAGGAAACCUUCAUGCUCAGCUCUCCUGACCCAUGCUGCUGAGCUGAUCAAAGGGCAAAGCUGCUGGAGCUGUGCUCUGACAGGGAGCCGCUCCCCCGCAUGUAUGAGGAUGAGGUGUUUAUCACAGUUCCAUCACCUACUGCAGCACAUAUGUGGGAGAGCAGAGAUGAGCUGGGUUUCCCAGGACAUGGAGCCUGCAGUGGGACGGGAUUUCAGAAGGGUUCUGCCUGUAGCAACAGGCACGGGGAUGGUUUUGGCUGGAUAUUCAAAGGACUUCAGCCCAGCAGCCGGUAUGACCCAACAUGUCCGACUGAAUGUCUGCCUGAUUGUUACAGAGCCUAAGUAGAAGCUGAGCUCCUUUGAAAAUCCAGCCCUAAUUUAAUAGGACACGCUUGACUCAGACUCUUUCCAGACUCUCUGUGGCUGAUCUCAUCUCGUGACAUAAAAACACUGUUGCACCAA